AUGCAGGUCGAUAGGAUUGGAGAGCUCCAGGGGGACGUGGCCGAAAAAUGGUUAGAGAAAAUGAUAGAUAUUUUUGCCAUCCUACACUAUUCAGAGGAGAGGCAGAUUACUUUCGCCGUCUUCCAAUUGGAAGGGGCUGCGCGUUCUUGGUGGAACGUGAUACGAAUGAAGUGGGAUCGGGAACAAACACCAAGAACAUGGGUAAACUUUAUGAGGGACUUCAAUGCGAAAUACUUUCCCCCUUUAGUCCAGGAAAAGAAGGAGGACGAGUUCAUUAGACUCUGUCAGGGGACGCAAUCGGUGGCUGAGUACGAGAGCCAGUUUACUCGUUUAUCUAAGUUCGCCCCUGAACUCAUUCUAACGGAGCAAAGGAGAGUUCGGCAUUUUAUUCAAGGGCUCAAUGUGGAAAUUCAAAAGAAUCUGGCGGUAGCCCAGAUCAAUACCUUUAGUGACGCCGUGGAGAAAGCUUUGCGAGUUGAAAAUGCCAGGCUUCAAGUAAGGAACUUGUAG